AUGGCCAAGAAGGCGUCGUUUCUCAGCCUCCCCGGCGAGCUUCGGAACGAGAUCUACGAUCUCUAUGUCUCGUCGAUGACUCUCCAGGUCCGCGAGGGCGCCGCCGUGCCACCAGCACUCACGCGCGUGAGCCGCCAGGUCCGCGCAGAAUUCACCUCCGUCCUUCACCAGCACACCUUCGACACCGCACCAGUGGAGAUCCGCAUCAUUGACUGGGACACGAGCCACGUCGUGCCCUUUCUUCAAAAGCUCAAAGACCACAGCAGCGGCACGACGCGCCAUCUCAAGCUCUACAUCAAUUUAACCACACUUUACGCCGCCAUUCCUCCGAACGAUACCAGUGGUAUCAGGACCUUUGACUCCCUGCGCAUGCGACUUGGCGACCAGUUCUUCGACAUUGACCACGUCUUCCGCUUGGCACCGUCGCUGUUCGAUAGGGCGUCUCGUGGCACUCGCAAAGCCCUCUCGGCUCAAUUCUACGCCGGACUCGAGGUUCCAGGGACACAAGGGUCUUCGAGGCCGAAAGUUCUGCAUUCCUAUCUCGAGAAGAAAUUCAUGCUGGCCAGGGAAAGGGCGGAGGACGCACAGGACUUCAUCAGGAGCUACUGGGCAAAGCAUGCGAUGUGGAACGAAAAGCUGAGGCAGAUUCAACACCGAGCACGAAUGGAGAUUGAGGAACAGCAGAGGUUCCGAGAAUUCGAACGUCAGAACCGGUUUCUCGAAGUGCGCCACGCCCUUGCCUUGUUUCGCAUCGAGGCGACUGCGGACGAACUCGCCGAGUUGCAAGCUACCCUCUUGUGA